AUGCCUUUGGCGGAGUCCUGCCGCUUUGCGGACAGAUUCAUCCGCGCGGCCCGGAGCGGCACGCGCCGCUCGAACCCCGCUGAAGCCGGCCGGAGCGGCAGGACGCGGGGCACUUACCGGGAGCAGCGGCAGAAGCGGCCGGAGUCUCCUCUGGACUUUGUGACACUGAGGCCGCGCGGCGCCAGACACACAGGCUCCGCCCACGAGGGGCGUGGCCACAGACCACUCUCCUUUUCUCUUUCUUGUGUUGUUUCUCCAGAGCUCUGGUGUCAUGUCUGCUCCGCGGGGGUUAGGACGGUACAGUCCCCGGAAGUGGGGGCAGAAGGUCAACCGGGGGGUGUCAGGACCUGCAGCGGACCAAAACCAGAGACAUCCAGGAGAGAGGAGGUGGCGACGUCAAACAGCGGCAGCAGCAGCCAAAACCGGAAACAGGAAGCAGGGAGGCCAGCAGGAAACCGAGGAGCAGCGGCGGCGGAAACCGUGCGGGGUCAGAAGUUCCCAGGACGUCCAAAGGGUGCCACACCUCGAGGAGCCACGGCGGGGCUUUUUAUUCUGUGUUUGAAAUUAUGUGAAGCACUGCACCUGUGCCUGGAAGAACGAAAGAGAGGACAGACAAAGGAGCCAAACCCAGACGGCCCACGGCCGUAACAAAAAGAAUGAAAAACCCAGACAUGUAGACGUGAUUAUAGAUGCUUCUGUGGAGCUCUUUAAAAUAAAUUACUUAACCUCUCAACAUCAUCCGUAUCUUCUGUGUAUUUUAAACGAGAUAUAUACAGUCAAAGCCUCCAUCAUGUAGUGAUGAGGCUAAAAGAAUGGGAGAGUCUAGUUCACAUUUUUGGGCAAACAUUGAACAUCAAAUCUGACACACGUCAAAAGGCAGCGGACUCGAAUUUGACCCAUCAAUCGCGUUCGGUGUCAGUUGGGGCUUGUUGAAUUUGUUCAUAAAUGUUGGAGGUCUCUCUUAAAAGUGCAACUUACAGUCUGGAGCGACCCGGAAAUACGGUAAAUAUUGAUUGAAUAUAUUUCUUUUGUAAAUGGCCAUGGUAUAAGCGGGAUAAUACCCUUCGAAGUGUGCAUUGUGAGAAAUGAACUCACUUUGUGGAAGCAACCAUCCGACGUGAAGCAGAGGACGGGUGCUUCAGCAAAGUGCAUCAAUUUCUCUAAUUCACACUUCGUCAGGCAUUAUCACUUCCUUAAUAAAUAUUAACCCGUUAGUUCUUUUCGAUUAACCGCAUGCAGCCCCAAUUUUUCGUCUUUUAUUUGUUGAAUUUUGAGUUGCAGUCAGACUGUUGUUGUUUAUUAGCAUGUAUGUAAUAAGAACUACACAUUGGACAGUGAAACCGUCAGUUAAAAUGUUUUUUGUUGUAACAUGUUGUUUUCUCCAAAUGAGAACAUCCCUGUAAAGUCUGA